CUCUCUAGCAGAUAUCUAUGGUCACACUUUACUUACUGGCUCUAUUGGAUUUGCUGUCCGCAAUGCUCAAAUACCUGGACUGGGCUCUUUUCUACAGAAAAUUUGACUGACUUAAGGUUCUCAAACAAUAUAUAUAAAGCUGUUUAUGCGGUAGCUCAUGCAAUUAAUAAUCUACUCUUAUGUGAGGAAAAUAAAAGCUCCAGUCCUAACGCCUGUCUGAAACUUGCAGAAAUAAAGCCUUGGCAGCUUUUAAACUCCUUGCAAAGUGUAAAUUUCACAACACCUGGGGGAGAAAGUGUCUUCUUUGAUAGCAACGGGGAUUCACCAGCAAGAUAUGAGCUGAUCAAUCUUCAAAGUGUUGACAGAGGCAAAAUAGAUGUGGAAACUAUUGGCUACUAUGAUGCCUCUCUGCCUAAAGAUCAACGGUUCUCCAUGAAUAAUGUUAAGGUAGUCUGGAGAGAAGGGGGAGAUCAGGUGCCUGUAUCUGUGUGCAGUACAAGCUGUCCCUCAGGCACCAGGAAAGCAAUGCAGAAAGGAAGACCGGUCUGUUGUUAUGACUGUAUACUGUGCCCACCAGGAGAGAUUAGUAACAAAACUGAUUCAGUUGAUUGCCUUAAAUGCCCUGUUACACAGUGGUCAAAUACAAGAGGAGAUGCCUGUAUCCCAAAAGAAAUUGAAUUUUUGUCAUAUGAUGAAAUAAUGGGAAUACUUUUGGGAUUGUUUUCUUUAAUUGGGGCAUUUUUUACUAUAGUAGUCACACUUAUUUUCUAUAUUUACAGAAGCACACCUAUAGUAAGAGCUAACAAUUCAGAACUGAGUUUCCUACUGCUCUUCUCACUGACUCUGUGUUUCCUCUGUUCACUCACUUUCAUUGGUCGUCCCACUGAGUGGUCGUGUAUGUUGCGACACACAGCGUUUGGGAUCACUUUUGUCCUCUGUAUCUCAUGUGUUCUGGGGAAAACAUUAGUGGUGUUAAUGGCCUUCAAAGCUACACUUCCAGGAAGUAAUGUCAUGAAAUGGUUUGGGCCUCUUCAACAAAGACUCAGUGUUGUUAGCUUUACUUUUAUACAGCUCCUUAUAUGUGCACUUUGGUUAAUAUUAUCACCACCAUUUCCAUAUAUGAACAUGAAGCAUUACCAAGAAAAAGUUAUUUUAGAAUGCAAUGUAGGUUCAGCUACUGGUUUCUGGGCUGUACUGGGUUAUAUUGGUCUCCUGGCUGUCCUUUGCUUUGUUUUGGCUUUUCUCGGAAGGAAACUACCUGACAAUUUCAAUGAGGCUAAAUUCAUCACAUUCAGUAUGCUCAUAUUUUGUGCUGUAUGGAUCACAUUUAUCCCAGCUUAUAUCAGCUCUCCUGGAAAGUUUAUCGUAGCUGUGGAGAUAUUUGCUAUUUUGGUGUCAUCCUUUGGAUUACUUUUCUGUAUUUUCUUGCCAAAGUGCUAUGUAAUUUUACUGAGACCAGAAAUUAACACUAAAAAGCAUGUCAUGGCGAAGAUAAAUAAAUAGUCAUUAAUAUAAACUGUACUUGCUAAAAUAAUACAUUGCAAUUUGUAUAUUAUAAAAGGAAAAUAACUGAGAUAUAAACAUGUUUUGUGCUAUAGAUAAAUUCAUUGUCAGACAUUACACUACAAUAAAUAUACCUGUAAGAAAAGUUGUGUUUUUUAGCAUAGAGCUAAAAAGCUGUUAAUUAUCAUAGAGCAGAUUUGAGAUUUACCAGACAUUUAUGUUACAUUUUCAUAGUCACAAAACACUUCUAAUACAAUAACGCCAAAGAAGAAAAAUAAUUAUAGACUCAAUUAUUAUAAAACAUUAUAAAAAGAAAAAAAAUAUUUUUAACAUAGCAAAUUGCACCAUUGUAACACUGAUAGAAAAAGAAAUUUAAGUCUUAUAGAGCUUUAAAAAA